AUGUCCGAGCAACUCACAACGAAGCAAGUCGCCGAGCACAACACAGUCGAGAAGGGACUGUACAUCAUCGUAGACAAGGAUGUAUACAAGAUGGACAGCUUCGUAGACGAGCACCCGGGUGGUGCGAAGAUCUUGAAGAGAGUGGGUGGAAAGGACGCGAGCAAGCAGUUCUGGAAGUACCACAAUGAAGGCGUUUUGAAGAAGUACGGGUCGAAGUUGAAGAUUGGCACAGUUAAGGAGGAGGCCAAGCUAUGA